CGCAGUAACCGAUGAUCGUCGAAAGUUGUGGCGGAGAAGAAAAAUGGCGCGUGUUUGUGAACGGUGCGAUUUUCGGUAGUUUUUACGCUGGUAAAAGACUUCGUGUUCGCUCAAAAUUCCUACCAAAGUGUAGCCCCAGUGGCGGUGCAUUCGGGAGUGGUGAAAUUUUCAGUGAAAGUCCCAAAUACAGAAGUGAAUCGUCGAUUGAAUCUUUUUCCGGGGUGGUCUUUCUCGGUUUGCUAGGCAGCGGGUAAGGGCUUCUUUGCCGUUGUUGUUUUCCUGGUUUCAGUGGAUGAUGAUUGUGAUGAUUGCCUUGCGUGACGGCGCCACCAAUACUAGUGCAGUUGUGAUACCAACACCAGCUCGUAAUGUGUUUUGUUAUGAAAAUGAAUGACCUCCCGCCUUACAGUCGCGCAGUUGAUAAACAGAAAGUUGUUGGACGUUUUCUGCUUUGGUAAACAUGCAAUUUUGAAGUGCAGUUUAGUCUGCUAAGAAGAACAGUGCUCUUAUCUUUAGGGAAUUUUCGGAGAAGUAAAAAGUGCAACGUUCCGUCAGGUGUAACGGGAAGAAUCUUUGAUAAGGGGCCUAGUAACAUUGUUAUACUGAAAAAACUGCGAAAUUUCUAGCUAUACUUAAAGUGGUAAUGUUGUUCAAUGUGUGACAUGGCGACUAGUACGGGUUCGGGCGCGUCCGAUAGUAUGAAGUGACGGGAAACUGGAAGGAAGAAAACCGAAUCCGGUUGGUAGCUGCACCGCGCCUUUAAUGUCGGAGGCAUGGUAUCGCCCUCCAAGACGAAAUAUUCGAGGGUCGCAGCCAAUCAACAGCAGAAAACGGCGUCUUCGAAUAAAGUGAAACUCGUAAAAGGCCCGAGACCCUUGAUACAUCAUCGUUUCUACUUGGACAUCCAGCGGUACCAGCUAGCGAACGAGAUCGAAACCACCAUCAAGGAGCUCGGCGGUCAAAUCGAAUUCUUCCUGAACAAAGAGAUCACCCAUUUUAUCACCGACAAGGACUACCAGAACCCGCAUCAGCAGAAUCCACAACAGCGCAGGGGACCCGAAUCGGACAGCGGUCAAUCCAGUCAGCAGCUGCAGCAACGCCCCGUCACUCCGACAACUCCGCAGACUCCGAGGACCCCGCUAUCGUACGUGUACCAUCCGCAUCUGCAGCAGUAUGUGAACGAGGCCUCCCCGUCGUCACCAUGCAUAGGCGGUACACCGAAUCCGACGCAGCCAGGACUGGCGCUGGCCAGCGGGUCUACAGCCGUCAAACCAUCGAUACCGCGCAGCCGUGCGGAUGCUAUGCUCCAGCGAGUCCGACAACAGCAGCAGCAGCAGCAACAGUACAACAGUAACAACGCAUCGAGUGCACCUCAGAGCCCUUGCAGUCCAGCCCCGGGCCACCGACCGAACCAGCAGUCCGAUCGGCUCCAGCAAUCGCCGGCCCAUCUCGCCAAGUCCUGGGGUAAACCCAUCUGGACCACCGAGUACGCCGUCAAGUUCUUCAAGAAGGUCAUCGAAACGUGCAGCGCCCAUCGGAACCACGAUCUCCCUUCGCUCUCGAAAACUACCGCGUCUUCUUCGGAACCCGUGCGAAAAUCGACCAACGUUCAGCACUUGCGGGGGGACUUCAUCAAAAUCGAAUCCUUUCAGCGGCACUAUCGACCGGCUUUCCAGCUGUUCAAAAAGUGGCCGGUACUGAACUUGAACACCCGAUCUACUGCGUCCCCGUUCAACAGUAACAACCGCGAGCGAGAUCGGGAUCGGGAUCGUGACCGAGACCGCGAUCGUCCGAGUCCGAAAGCGGCUACCGGAACCACCAACAAUCCGCAGAAGGCCGCGGGACAAGCGGCCCCUACCACCAGCACCACCAAUCAAACCAAUGCCCGCACGAAGCCGACGCAGCAGCAACAGCAACGGUGCGGGUAUUGUGAAAUCUGCCGGAUCGAGUACGACGUUUUGGCGAACCAUUUGGCCGCCGAGAAGCACAGUGCGUUUGUGAAGAACGAUGCCAAUUUUGCGGCGCUGGAUAAAUUGAUCAGUGAGGGGGGUGUCGAUUUGAAGACGUUUCUCGAGAACAAUCCGGCUCCCGUGUUGUCGGAAGCUGAGGAGGAAGAAGUGAAGGAAGAACCUGAAGCGGAAGCAAAAGAACCAAGUGAACAAGUGCGAAGAGACGCCAAUAUAGAGGGGGUCAAACUGGAAGAAACUACGGAAGUGAUAUGUGAAAAACAUGUGGAAAAUGAAGUGAGGGAAAAGACAAACAGAGAAGAAAAACAAGAAGAACACGAAGACGAAAACAAAAGGAUAGUUGUUGGUGAAGAGCUAAGUGAACAAAAGUCGCCUAAAGUGAUAAGGACUUAUUCCAGGAGACAUAAAGACAAGAACCAUCUUCUAGCAUCGCAAGAUCCCGCCGAUUCAGCCGGAUCAUCUACCAGAUCUCCACCUGCCAAACGCACCUACGAGGGCCGAAAGCAAAGACGCCGAGCGGCAGCACUAGCACUAGCGUCGAUCGUAUUUCCUGCUUCGCCAGCGCCCAGCCCCAAACCGGCGGACGAUCAGUUACCACUGUCGGAGCAGGACAAGGAAGAGGAACCUCCUCCAGCAAUCAGCACCGCCGUUUUCGACGUUCAUCCGCCGCCGCCGGAACCAUCCAACUCCAAGGACGCGUCCGAAGCGCAAAUGUUUGGACGACGCUCAGCGAUCUAUCAUCAUCCUCACAACACACUCAACCAUCACAAUCAUCAGAAAGUGAAAGCGGCCCGGCAGCUCCAGCAGCAAGUGAUCCUCGGUGGCGGCAGCGUGGCAGUCUCCAUUACGUCUGGCACCACCGGGGUCGUCCCGGAAGCACCCAGCGCAGAGGAAAUGAAAGUGCUCAACAACGAACCUAUCAAGAACGGCCCCAGCGACAAAGAGAAAGAACGCCAAUCGAAACGCAGCGCAGCGGAUAGAAUGGGACUGAAGGGAUCCACCCUGAAACCAAACGCGGUCCAUCACCCGUCAGUCGAAAUGCUCGAAUGUGAAGGUCUGGAUCCGAAGAACACCAAGCGGAUCAGUUUGGGCCUGCGACAGAACCCGAAGCGGGCAAAUCUCAACGAAGAUUUUACCAGCUUGCUGGAUGAGACUCUAGGCCCGAUGCGGAAACCCAGAGUUCGGCGGGAGUCGGCCAAACGGGUCAACUACUCCGAACCACGGGAAGACGAAAUUGCAUCCCAAGAGGAAAUCAUGCAGAGUAUUCUGGAGAAAACGGCAAAAGAAGCCAGCGAAAACGCAGCCAAAAAGAAGAAACCGGGAUCGCCAAAGCGGCCUCUGGACGUGAAAAUCCGGGGAAUCCAAUGGCGAGCUCCAUCACCCCAGGCUCGCCCUCCGGUCAAAUCUCCUCUACUCUACAAGGUUAUUGAAGAUCCCAAACCGAAAAACAAGAAAGUCGCUUCUCCAACGAAGGGCUCCAGGGAUGGCGGAAGCCCUAGCAAGUCCAACAAAAACGGACUUAUCGUCAAGAUUCGUCGAGUACGACAGUCGGAGCUCAGUUUACUGAACGACGAAGCUGAGAACUUCAUGUUCCCAAGGAAAGACGACAGUUCCGAUGAAGAGACGGACGAAGACCGUCAGACAACAUCGGAAAUGUGUCCGGGUGAUUUGAGCCAGGACCUCCCGAGCAGCGAAGGAGACCACCGAAAUUCCAUAAGCAUGCGGAAAUCGAGUGGCACACCUUCGGGAGGCAGGAAGCGAACCUCGUCGAUAAAAUUGCCUCCACCGGAUUCACCCAGCAAAAAGGCAGCUAAGGACUCCGAUAGCGAAGCGACUUCACGAUCACGUCGUGCAGGAACCCGCGGACCGGCAGCGCUCCUCCAGGACAAUGCCGAGUAUUACAAAUUUCCUGACCCGGGAUCCAGGUUGCGAUUUCCGGAAGCCCCCAUCCAGCCAAGCCCAGUAGAGGAUGAUGACAACGAAGGCGACGGUGCGAAACCGCCGCAGAGACGUGGCAACAAGCGGUGCCGUUCGAAAACGCCGGCCCCGGCCACGAUGACCAGCCAGAAGCAGCAGGAACACGACAUUCUGCUGGCAACGCGGUCAUCGCCCAGUUCGCCCUACCAACGCCAGGAGCAACUGCUGAACUGCGGCAAAAACAUCAUCAACUACGUCAAGGGCAAGGAGGAUGGGAUGGGGGUGUUCCGAUGGAGUAAUUUUAGGAAGAACUGUAAGGAAAUUGAACCGUAUCGGUUCGCGUUCGAGCGGGUUCCCUCGCUGGAGCCGUGGUACGAGACGUUCCAGCGCCAGGACGACUGCUCGGAGCAGGUGUACGAAUACUUCGGAAACACCGCAUACCGGAAACUGCCAUACGAGAUGGGGACUCUGCCCCCACUGAAGCAAAACUGCUGCAUUCUCAACUAUCGGAUAAAAUCUAAAACGCCGGAGAAAACCGUUCCUACAAGCUCCGCCGCUAGCACCAGUAGCAGUAGUAGUAGCAGCAGCACAAGUAGUAAUUGUGGCCACAAAGCGACGACUGCCGCAACUGCUACCGCCAAUUCAGCCUCUGCGUCCGUAACGGACGACAAGGAACCACUGGCUCUUCCCCUCAAGAAGCGGAAACUCCUAGUCGAUUCCGAUCGUCCACGGAAGAGCCCUCGGGAGCACGCUUCGACCCUGGCCAUUCUCAGUCUGCUUCAGCAGCAGUCACAGCACAAUCGGCGGCGUACGAUCAGCAGCGGAAGUUCCAGUGUUCCGAUUGUGACCGCCAAUCUGCCACCGCCAAGUCCCACCCCGUCGGCCUACAGUCCGAAGAAGGCAGCUAUCCAGGCGCACCAUAACAGCCAACAGGAAGCGGACUCAGCACUAGGCGAUGAAAUCCGGUCUUCGUGCGGAAGUGAUCCCGUCACCGAAAAGGAAGAUAUCUGUGCCAAGAAGAUCAAGUUCGAUCCUCCGGUGCUGGAAGACAACUUCGUGAACUACAAAGUCAUGUGCCAAGAGUUGGACGUGUUCCUGAACGAGAUGAGUGAAGGCGCCGAGGAGGAUGAAGCAUUCUUCGAAAUGGAUAAAAAGUCGGUGCCGAUCAUCGCUAGAAUGGAGCAACCGUUGAGGAAGAACUUGACCGAGAUAGUACGAGCCUGUGAUAAGGAAGCGCCGCUCAGUUUGAAGCAGGUCAGUCGACGUGAGGGAGCAAUGAGGAAGAUUGUCCAGUACGAUCGAAAACCACGUCCAUUGAGCUCGGUGACUAUCAAAUCGUUUGACGGUGGAGGAAAUUUGGACUGGACAGGAAGAACGGUGCUCUUCCGGAAGCGGAUCAACCGUACGGGAUGGCCCAAUGUCAAGAAGCGAAUUGUGACUAGGAAGCAGCAACAACUGUUGGUGAAGAAAGAUAAUGGGGAUAGUGAGGUGAAAACGGAGGGUGAUGCGGAAGGUUCGAGGAAAUCUUCGACGGAAGAAUCGCAAAUAAGUGGCCUGACGGCGGAUACGUCAUUGGUGAAGCAGGAAGAUGAGGAGGGAGAAGAGGACGACGACGAAGAGUUCGAGGAUACGAUGACCAUGCUGGAUGACGAUGAAACCAAUGGAAAGAUGGACACGCUCCUAACGGAUGACGAGGAGGAGAUUGGGCAAGACGUGGAAAAGAAAGCCGAUCGUAGCAAAACGCCUAUCCCGAAUAAAGUGGAAGAAGUACGGAGUGCGAGUCGUCUGGAUGGUGCCACUCGAAUCUUACCUAGCAGCAAAUAUGUGACCAAGACAACCACCACUAUGACUCGAGUGGAUUACAACGUUCCUUCUGCGUCGUCCAGCACUUCAAUCGUCGGUCAUUCCACCGAGGACCAUCCUCCCGUACAAAACCACACAUCCGCCAAAGGCAGCAAAUCCUCCCACAAUAAUCCUCCCUGCCCAGCACCGGUAGCACCCGAGGACGAUGAUAAGGAGUGCGACUCGAUCAGCUCCCGGAGUAUCUUCGUGAGCGAUGACUGUGAUACGACCUCGUCCACGCUAAUUAACAUGCAGUGCAACGAUGACCCCCUAGCCAUUGGUACCGGAUCUCAGCGGAACAGUGCCACUCCGCAACUGCAGUCCGCUUCAACGGACGAACCUUCCGAGCAAGCCCGACCGCCACGACCAGCUUCCAGGGCACGUCAGAACACCACUCGCCAUCUCAUCUCCCGUAAUCCGGUCGUUUGCAUCGAGAAGCUCAACUGCGCCACUACCACCAUCAUGCGAACUCGGUCAUCCUCGCGGACGCCCAUCAAGAAAACGUACAAACGGUCGAUAUUCACGAGCGCUAUGGUCAACUCGUCCGGCAAGCCGCACAAAAAGAAGCGGAAAAAGAAGCACAAACUCAACGGAGUGGUCGCUUCUUCUGGAGCUUCCAACACCGCGUCUCCGUCGCCCAGCUGUUCAGACGAAUUGAACUCGAUCAGCUCGUCGUUGGAAUGUGAUGAUCUGAGUCGUGACACUCCGACGCCUCCACGAAAGUCCAUCAAGGACCGACCACCAACGCCGGGUCCCAUCAAGUUCUCUCCGCGAAAACUUCGGAAACCGCGAGGACGGUGGUACAGGGAACGAUAGGAGGUAAGUCCUUCUACGGAGCAUUAAUCUAUUAAACGGUAUGUGUCGUUGUGCGCAUCAUCCGCCUACUGAAGAUGAUGAUGGUAUUCGUGAAGAGAAGUAUGUGUAACCACUAGUCGGUGGCUCCCCCCAGCAGAGCAGUGCAUUUCCGUUCACUUUGAGUUGUUGCUGUUGAUAAAUGGCGCUUGAUGCUUUGGGAGCCACCCAAGUGGGAGACUGACCACAACCCGACCUUCUUUUCGCCCGUUCUUUUAUUAUUUAGUUUUGUACUACUAUUACGUUUACUGUGUCAAUUGAUUGAAUACCCCCGGUACAAGAAUGCUAUUUAACAAAUUUUAGGCAGUAGUUCAAAUGUAGAACCCCUUUUCCCAAAAUGCCCCCUCCCCCCUCAAUAGUUCCCUUAGCAGUUACAAGGAAUGCAACGGAAAAGGCAUCUUUAAUUUGUACAUUACGCGCGAACCCACUCUCCCCAAAAAAUCCCAACGAGACAAAGUUGCAAAACAAUGCCCCCCGUAGCUAAUUUACACACCACGAAAUGGAAGAAACUAGAAAUCUGGAUCAGCUAGUAAUAGUGUAGAUGUAUUGAAAUACCAACUGUAUAGGAUUGUAUCAUGAUGAAAAAGAUAGAGAGAGAGCAAGGAAAAAUAGGCGAAAGCCCAAGUCUAGGAAUUUAGGAAUCAUCGCGCCACAGCCAAUUGACGGCCUGUGGACGGCAAAUCAUUUUAAAUUAUAACCCUACAAAAAAGAAGAAAAAGAAACGACUACAGAGAAGAUAAACACUUGGACAUGUGAAGAUAAAGCAGAAACAAAAAUACAACCAACAAAUCUUAUCAAUAAAGUGUAAUAAAACUGAGACGAUGUUCAAAGAAAAAAUGAAAAUCAUGAAAUAA